CCAGGUACAAGGAGAGGAGGGUUGGCCCUGUUUGCGGGCGGCAGCGACGUAGGUAAUGCAGGUAAGCAAAGUGGUGACUGCCAGGAGGACGCGGUCUGCUGUCUGUACGUACCUGCCUCUCGCUAUUUAAUGCCUACGUCGAGCUGGUAACCUGGCAACCCCUUCAAUACCUCUGCUUUCUUCCCUCCCCAGGUCCCCCGGUUUACAGGUCUGUCCUCGAUUGCCCGCCUACCAUCAUCUACCCGCAGCCGACUGGCCUCUUCACGCAUCUCGCAAACUGCUGCCGCCAUCCUCCCGUAGCAACCGCACCUGUGGGUUGACGGCGGGUAGACAGUUGCUGCUGUCCGAGCCGUGUCGUCUACGAGGGAUAUCGAUUCUCCACAAGCCGGUAGUAUUGCGAUAAGCUGUUCCGUCCAUCGGCAACUCGGAGCUCCUAGCCCGCUAUCCCCUACCCCCUACUUUGGACUUCCCCAGAGUCGACACACACCCUCGGGUCCGUCCCCAGCUGGCUCUUCCCGGUCCAACUACAGGUCUAGGUCCGCGUGCUCGCCGUAGAUCCCAGGAUGGCUGGGCCAUCCAACGCAAAGAAGAAGAGCAAGGGCCGGAAACGCAAAGGCAAGAAGAACGGCCCGGGCAACGGAAAGGAGGAGGCAGUCAAGCCGAGCGAAUCGGAGAAGGGCGGGCCGAGCAGCCCGGAGGAAAACGGCCUCGCCAAACCGGAGGAGAUUCGGCCAAGAGGCCCAGAGAAGAACGAACCAAGCAACCCAGAGAAGGCUGGACCAAGAUCCAAAGAGAAGAAUGAGCCCGUAACCCCAGAGGAGACCCAGCCAGAAACCCGGGGGAAGCGCAAACCCGACAACCCAGAGAAGACUGGACCAGAAUCCGAAGAGAAGAACGAGCCCGCGCACCUAGAGGAGACUCAGCGAGAAAUCCGAGAGAAGCACAAACCCGGCAACCCACAGAAUAAUCACGCUAGCAGUCCGCAGAGGGCCAAGAAGAAGUACGAGAUUAAUCGGCGUCACUCCCGCAAGUGCCAACGCAGAUGGAUAAACCGUCCUAACCCGCCCUUCAACACGGCCCCCCUACUCAAAGAGAUUGACAGGCUCCUCAGCCAGAUCAAGAUGGAUGUAGAGACCAACCUCGCAGUUGCAAGUGCCUUUUUGGAGCGAAUCUCCCGGGAAACCAUCCACAAAUUCGACAAGAUGGAUUUAAAGAUUGGGCUGGUAAGGUUGUUCAGAGAACUGGCUGACCGUGAGGUCGUGGAGCACGAGAGUCGCGCGCGCCAGGAGCUGGCCCGGGGUGAGCACCAAGAGAAGAAUGAAGGCUGCCAAAGUAAGAACAAGGGGGCUGCCGAGUACUUGUCUGAGAGGUUCCAUCAAUUCGGGAGAGCCUGGUUCGACGAUUCCGAAACGCAGUGGAAUGGGCCCGACCAAGAAUUCGCCUACGACUAUAACCCGGAGAGCGAGUUGGAGCCGUUGCGUCCCAUACUGCCUCCGGAGCAUGUCGAGAUAGUAAAGGCUUGCCUAGACAAGGUCUCGAACGCCUGCCUGGGACGGCCGACGGACGUACGCAAGCACUGUCGGUGCUUUGGAGGACCGAUCUACGUGCCUCCGGCCACCUACCGACUCGACUUCCUCUACGAGCAGCUCAGCGCCGAAGCGUAUGCCAGAUAUGUUUGGCAAGGUAUUAUGUCGGAUCGUAUUAUUCAUGAGGGGGGUGCUGCUAAGAGAGGGGCUGCAGCCAAAGGGCAGAAGGCUGCCCCCCAAAGCAGAAUACCACCGCCAUCGAGGAGGAGAAUGUCCAAGAGAAGGCGAGUAGUGAAUCGGAUAAUUCUAGCAAUGUCCUAGACCACCGCCGAUAUGCGAAUCUUGGUAGGCGAAUCUUGGCUCGUCUGCCACGACAAACAUGUGUGUAAUCUCUAGGGGUUUUGGUAACUACCUAAGGCACCUCUUCAGCCUAGGUACCUAGGUAGGUAGUAUACAUGUUAGGUAUAUUCGCUGUAUUCCUGUGUAAGGUGUGGCCUAAUCCUUUAAUGACCGAUUUUAAUCGUCC